AUGAUUUUUAAUUUUGCUAAAAGUAAUAAUUUAACUAAAAAAUUUGAUAAAGUUUUUUACAGAAAUUUAUUUCAACUCGCAAUUGAUGGUCCAGCUGCUUCAGGAAAAAGUUCAACUGCUAGAAUGGCGGCCCAACAAUUAAAUUUUGAAUAUAUAGAUUCAGGGGCCAUGUAUCGAGCGGUAACGCUAGCAGCACUUCGUCAAAACUUAUCACCAACCUUACUUGAAGAUGUUUCAAAAAUAGCGCAAUUAGCUGCUACUUCUCAUAUUCACCUUCACACAACAUUUGAUCCACCUCCCUUACCACUCACUCACUCUAUACCUUCCUCUUCUAUAACAUCAUCAUUACCACAAACAUUAGUAUACUUAAAUGGAGAAGACGUAACGUAUGAAAUUAGAUCACCGGAGAUAACGAAUAAUGUAUCUGGCAUAGCAUCAAAUCUGGAUGUUCGGAAAGUGUUAGUAGAGAAACAACGCGCUUUAGCUAGUGGUAUUUACGACGAAAAUCAAAACAAAUUUUCUCCUACACCUUUAAUAAAGAAAUCCCCUAAAGGAACAGUUAUGGAUGGUAGGGAUGUUGGUACCGUAAUUCUUCCAAAUGCCGACCUAAAGAUUUUUGUAACAGCUUCAGCAAAAGUUCGUGCAACUCGUCGCUUUAAAGAACUUCAACAGCAAUCGUAUUCCAAGAGAAUUUCGCAGAUAAUAGAUUUUAAUAAAGUAUUAGAAGAUUUGGAAAAAAGGGAUAAAAGUGAUUAUGAAAGAAAAAUAUCUCCUUUAAAAAAGGCCAAUGAUGCUUUAUUCUUAGAUUCUAGUCACAUGAGCGUGACGGAACAAGUUGAUAAGAUCGUUGAAUUGGUUUUAAAAAGGGCUAAAGAAAAGAAUAUUGAUUUAUAA